AUGGACAUAGAAGCAAUGAAACCGGAGCUUGUUGAAGGAAAGGUAGACUGGAAAGGAAGAACAGCCCUGAAGUAUAAGCAUGGAGGGAUGCGGGCUGCGUUGCUCUUAUUGGUGACAUUUGGGUUCGAGAACACGGCAACGUUGGCACUGUCAGUUAACCUGAUCACCUACUUCACUGGAGUGAUGCACUUUAAACUGGCCGAUGGCGCCAAUCAGCUUACCAACUUCAUGGGCACCAGCUACAUCCUCACCAUACUGGUGGCUGUUCUCGCUGACACCUACAUCGGAAGAUUCAAGGCUGCUCUCAUCUCAGGAUGCAUUGAGUUCUUGGGGUUGGCACUACUAACUGUCCAAGCACACUAUUCCAACCUCCGGCCCCCUCCUUGCAACCCAGUAGAUGAAAUGGCCCACUGCGAGAAGGUCAAGGGACAGGAUGCUGCGAUCCUCUUCAUUGGGAUAUACCUCUUAGCUUUUGGGAGCGGAGGGAUCAAGGCCUCGUUACCGACCCAUGGGGCAGACCAGUUCGAUGAGAAGGAUCCACGAGAGACUUGGCAGAUGUCGAGCUUCUUCAAUUGCUUGUUGUUGGCUAUAUGCGUUGGUGGGGCAGCCAGUCUGACGCUGCUCGUGUGGGUCCAGGACAACAAGGGAUGGGACUGGGGGUUCGGGCUCUCGAGCAUUGCUAUGUUCAUAGGGGUCAUCAUCUUCGCUGCUGGGUUGCCAUUGUACCGGAUCCAAGUCACGCGUGGGACCAGCGCCAUCAUCGAAAUCAUACAGGUUUAUGUGGCAGCUAUUAGAAAAAGAAACCUCCGGCUUCCCAGGGACCCUAUGGAGCUGUAUGAAGUCGACAAGCUCGAAGAAGCUGCUUCAGAAUUGGAAUUCCUACCUCAUGGAAAUACUUUCAGGUUCCUAGACAAGGCAGCAAUCCUAGAAACUCGUCCUGAGCAGGAUGGAACAAGACCAGGUGAACGAGCUCCGCCUAGUCCAUGGAGACUCUGCCGGCUGACACAAGUGGAGAACGCUAAAAUCAUCCUAGGAAUGGUCCCCAUCUUCUGCUGCACUAUCAUCAUGACCCUGUGCCUCGCUCAGCUCCAGACCUUCUCGGUCCAACAGGGCGUCACUAUGGAUGCCACCGUUGCAGGCUCCUUCACCAUCCCGCCCGCCUCUCUCCCCAUCCUCCCUGUUGCUUUCUUGAUAGUCAUCAUCCCCGUGUACGACCGGAUCCUUGUCCCACUAGCCCGGAAGCUCACAGGCCACCCUACGGGCAUCACCCACCUCCAGCGGAUUGGGGUUGGGCUUGUUCUCUCAUCCAUCUCCAUGGCCGUGGCCGGCCUCAUGGAGAUCAAGCGCAAGGGUGUAGCCCGGUCCCACAACAUGCUGGCUGCGAUCCCCGUGGCCCAGCCCUUACCCAUCAGCAUUUUCUGGCUCUCAUUUCAGUAUUUCAUAUUUGGGAUCGCCGACAUGUUCACUUACGUUGGGCUUCUCGAGUUCUUCUACUCUGAGGCCCCCAAAGCCCUCAAGUCCAUCUCCACCUGCUUCCUCUGGAGCUCCAUGGCACUGGGCUAUUUCUUCAGCACCGUCAUCGUCAACAUUGUCAACAGCGCGACAAAGGGGAUCACAAGGAGCGGUGGGUGGCUUGCCGGGAAUAACAUUAACAGGAACCACCUGAACUUGUUCUAUUUCCUCCUCUCGAUCCUGAGCUUGCUGAACUUCUUGGUCUACUUGUUCUUUGCUAGGAGGUACAAGUACAGAGCUCAAGCACCGGCAAUCUUGGGUUAAUUAAGUGAACCGAUCAAGUUCGGGAUUGGAACACAGUACAUCUUUUCUUCAUCUCCUUCUGCGAAUGAUAGCCUGUGGUUGAUUCAGUAAAAUUGCUCGAUCCAAGUAACCAGCUCAGUGACGUUCAAGUGUGAUUUGUAAGUUUGAUAUUACUUAUUAAAAAAAGAAAAAAAGAAAAAAAAGUGUCUUGUGUAGCAACUCCAAAUUAUAGUCUUAUGUCGGACUACAGUGCAAACUCUUAAUAGUUUGAGGACUAUAAGAAGUAACAAAACCAUCGAAACUGGAAAGUUCCCAUGUCCUUCCAGGA